GGUGAGACCCUGGUGCGGCUGAAGGGAGACGGUGGCCGGUCGCGACGUGGGGCGGCCCGCGAUGAAGCCGGUGAGUCGGGCCGAGGCUCGGAGGAACGAAGCCGCAGGGUCGGAAGCGGUCCUGGCCUCUGGUGUGGGCUCUCCCACUUCCUGUCCUAUUUCAUUGCAGACAAGUGAGUUUGACUCAUCAGAUGACGAACCUAUUGAAGAUGAACAGACUCCAAUUCAGAUAUCAUGGCUGCCCCUGUCACGAGUGAAUUGUUCUCAGUUUCUGGGUUUAUGUGCUCUUCCAGGUUGUAAAUUUAAAGAUAUUAGAAGAAAUAUCCAAAAAGAUACAGAAGAACUAAAGAACUAUGGCAUACAAGACAUAUUUGUUUUCUGCACCAGAGGGGAACUAUCAAAAUAUAGAGUCCCAAACCUUUUGAACUUCUACCAACAGUAUGGAAUUACUACUCAUCAUCAUCCAAUCCCAGAUGGAGGGACUCCCGACAUAGCCAACUGCUGUGAAAUAAUGGAGGCGCUUGCAAUAUGCCUUAAAAAUAACCGAAAAACCUUAAUACACUGUUAUGGAGGAAUUGGGAGAUCUUGUCUUGUAGCCGCUUGUCUCCUACUAUAUCUGUCUGACACAGUAUCACCACAGCAAGCCAUAGACAGCCUGAGAGACCUAAGAGGAUCUGGAGCAAUACAGACCAUAAAGCAAUAUAAUUAUCUUCAUGACUUCCGGGACAAACUAGCUGCACACCUGUCAUCAAGAGAUUCACUAUCAAGAUCUGUAUCUAGAUAAAAAAAAAAUUCCAAACAGCAUAUAUAUGACCAUGUCUGAUAUUUGAGUUCUCUAACGUGAAACCAUGUUACCAACUUGAAUGUAAAUGUAUAUGUGCAGAUAUUUCUAAAGCUUUUAUUGAUAAAUUU